AUGAAAAGACAGGAUAGUAGUCUGCGCUCAGCCUCCUCACGCGGCGAAAAUGGAACAGAAAAUCUCCACGCAAAGACCGUCGGCUGCAUGUCCGGCAUCGCCCACUUUCUUUCUAAAUACCACUCUUCCCGCAAAUUCCUCACUUUUGGGAGAAAGCAAGAGAAGAAUGGGGCUGGUUCCUCUUCUAGAAUAUCAAAGUCCUCGACAGCAAUCCAAGCUUCCACACCGCCUAUGUUAGGUCAGGUAAAAAAUGGAGACAAGUCCAUUUAUCUGCGUAGAUUCUCAUGCAACAUACCAAGAAGUCCCACGCUUCCGGCAGAGAUCCGGCGCUCCAACUCUGUGGACCCGCCUGAGAACUCCCCAAUCCCACCAACCCUAAUUGCAAGGCUGAUGGGGUUGGAACAGGCUCUAGCUCCGCAAGUCAUGCCAAAGACGGCGGUGCCAGAGCCCACAUCCACCAAUAAGAGGCAGCAGCUUUUGGGCGCAUUGGAGAAGUGUGAUGAAGACUUGAAGGCCCUAAAGAAGAUCAUAGACGCCGUUCGGGCAGCGGAUGGGCUCCGAUCACCCGCCGUGGUGAAGCGAAUGGAGGCCAUUGGUGACAAGAAGAAAAGGUUUUAUGGUGCAAAUUCAAAGCGCUUGGAGUUCGGUACUGAGCAUCCGAGUCCGGUGUCCGUUCUUGAUGAGUCUACUCGUUCCCCUUUCAGCAACCACCAACACUACAGAAAGCAAGUGUUAAAUUACGGGCGAGCACAACCUCAACAACAAAGGAAGAAACCAGGAGAAGAGGACUUCAUCAACAUCAAUCCAAGUAUGAUUGACAAAAUCACAACCGAAUCAGUGGAAGCAUCAUCAUCACCAUUAAUAUGGAACAGCAACGCCAUGCGAGAGAGUGUAGAGGAAGUGUGCAGGGACAUUGCUUGGGGGGAGAGGAGAGAAAUUGGAAGAAUAGGGUUGGCUUUACAGGACCACAUUUGCAAAGAGUUGAUCCAAGAGAUGGUCACAGAAAUGGGAUAUAGUUGUGUGUAUUCACUGCCCUUUGAGGCAUGUAAGAGAAGACUACGUUUCUAA